AUGUCGGAAAAAUUGAAGAAUAUACCAGAGCAAAAAUUGAAAGCCUUUUCUAUCGGCAUAAUGGGCAAGAGAAACUUAUCAAAGAAAGAACUGGAAGAGCAAAGAAAACGUGAGGAGGAAAAAGCUGCUGCACAUGUUUUUCAAGAGUUUGUUGAAACUUUCCAAGAUGCUCCAAUCAAUGGAAGCUCCAAAGUUUGGGUUAAAGCAGGAACUUAUGAUGCAGGAGCUAGAAAGGAAGAUACAAGGGAAAAAGGUAAACUGUACAAACCUACUUCUAAGAUAGCUCCAACACAGGAAUUGAUGACUUCUGCUGAACGUGCACAAGCUUAUGCAAAAUUACUUUCUUCUGAUAAAAAACCAGAAAGAUUAGGAAAAAAGAAACCAUCUACAAAGAGUAACUUAGAGGCUUUCAUGGAAGAACUCAGACAGAUUCAAGAAGAAAGAGAAGAAAGACACAAAUAUAAAGGAGCAAUUAGAACCCCAAUAGAAAAUGAACUGGAUUUGUUUAUGAGAAGUGGUGAUAUUGGAUCUUUUGAUAAUGGGGACCCAAACACCACAAAUUUGUAUUUAGGAAAUCUUAAUCCAAAGAUUACAGAACAACAGUUAUUAGAGUUAUUUGGUAGGUUUGGGCCCCUGGCUAGCAUCAAAAUAAUGUGGCCAAGAUCUGAUGAAGAAAAGGCAAGAGGUCGCAACUGUGGCUUUGUUGCUUAUAUGGCACGUAAGGAUGGUGAGAGGGCAUUGAAAAACUUGAAUGGAAAGGACAUACAUGGCUAUGAAAUGAAACUUGGUUGGGGCAAAGCAGUAAUAAUUCCUCCACAUCCAAUAUACAUUCCACCAUCCUUGCUUGAUUUAGCUCAACCUCCUCCACCUUCUGGACUACCCUUUAAUGCUCAGCCUGCUCUUAAAGACAAAGAUGUGCUACCCAAAUCACAGGAAGAGCUGAAUGAGAUUCUGUCCAGAGCUCUGGUUAAAAUUGUCAUACCAACUGAUAGAAACUUGUUAAUGCUCAUCCACAGAAUGGUUGAAUUUGUUGUCAGGGAAGGUCCAAUGUUUGAAGCCAUGAUAAUGAAUAGAGAAUUGAAUAACCCACAAUUUAGGUUUUUGUUUGAAAACCAAGGCCCAGCUCACACAUACUACAGGUGGAAAGUAUAUUCUAUCUUGCAUGGUGAUUCACAAAAAGAAUGGAAUACCAUGGAGUUCAGAAUGUUCAUUGGUGGAUCAAUAUGGAAACCUCCUAUCAUGAAUUGUUACACAGCUGGUAUGCCUGAAGAACUAGUGAGAGAGGAUGAAGCAAAAGAAAACUCUAAGGGAACAUUAUCAAAUUCGCAACGUGAUAGACUGGAAGAUCUGAUUCGUGGUUUGACUGCUGAAAAAACUAAAAUUGGGGAGGUUAUGGUAUUCUGUAUAGAACACAGUGAAGCUGCUGAAGAAAUUGCAGAAUGUAUAACAGAGUCACUGUCAAAUGAUAAUACAGCCUUGACCAAAAAAAUUGCCAGGCUCUAUUUGAUAUCUGAUAUUUUGCAUAACUGUCAAGUGAAAGUUAAUAAGGCUUCUUUCUUCAGAAAAGCGUUCGAAAACAAAUUACCUGAAAUAUUCAAGUACAUAAAACAGACGUAUGACAAACUGGAAGGUAGAUUGCAAGCAGAAGGGUUCAAAGUCAGAAUAUUGAGGACUCUGAAAGCAUGGGAGGAUACCAUCUAUCCCAAGGACUUUAUGAACAGAUUACACAAUAUCUUCUUGGGUUUACAAGAGGAAGAAAAACAGGAACCUAAAGAAAUAGCAGAAGACAUUGAUGGAAAUCCAUUGGAAGCUCAUGAAUCUGAUGAAGAUGCACCAAUGGAUGGAGCAGCACUAUUGAAAUCGGCAAUGCUGCAGUAUGAGAGUGGGUCUGGUGAUGAACUGGAUAUAGAUGGCCAAGAAAUCAAAGAUGACAGCAAAACUGAUGGGGCACUUAGUGGAUUCAUAACUUCAAAGUGGGAAACAGUUGAUCCAGAAAAAGUUGAAGCACAAGCCAUGACCACUAGUAAAUGGGAUUUACUUGAAAAUAGUCAAGAUGCCAGCCAUGAGAGCAGUGCAAAUGAAAAAGAAGACCUUGCUGAUUAUUCAGAUACAAGGAAUAUGACAGAAGAAAAGAGGCAAAAAUUGAGAGAGAUAGAAGUGAAGGCAGUACAGUAUCAAGAUGAAUUGGAAUCAGGACAAAGACAACUGAAAAGUGGUUGGACUUUGCCUCAACAAGUGGAGCACUACCGACGGAAAUUACUCAGAAAAUCGGAGAAGGAGAAGAAAGAGAAAGGCGAAAAAACACCAAAGCCUGAGAAACAUAAGAAGGACUAUGAAAAGAGUGAGAGAAAAACUGUUGCAGAUAGCUCAGAUGAUGAAUCAUACUACAAAGAGCUUACUUCUAGGAAAACUAAAAAACAUGCCAGAAGUUCGUCAACCAGCUCAUCAACAAAGCACAGGUCUAAAAGCCGUUCUCCGUCUCGCAAGAAGACCAGAGCUUUGAGUCCGCCGAGUCCCCCACGAAUCAGGAAGCAUUCUCCUGUCGUUUCGUCAUCCCGCUCCUCCAGGAAGAACAAAGACUCCCUUUCCCCCACCGGUUCGAAUGGUAAAUAUUCCUCCCCAGUGAGGAGGCACAAGGCGACCCCUUCUCCUCCCAGGAAGCACAGCCGCAAGUCCCCUUCACCUAGAAGUAGACAGUCCAGUCCUCCCUCUACCAGGUCGUCUAGGUACCACUCCCCAGAACCGCCAAGGAAACACAGGCACAAACACAAAUACUGA